GAUUGUAAAACUUACUCCCGGCCAUUGCAGGUCAUCGGCCAAUGUUUACUCGAUAACGCCUGCACCGCUGGUAGCCAUAUGAGACUCGACACAGAGCCGAUAGCACGGAUUCUCUAAGAUGCUGCUGUUUGCAGGACCAGUGCAACGUGGCUCUGCUACCUCACGUCUUCCAACGUCGCGCACCCAUGGCAGUUGUAUAACUACUACCAGAUGUUGCUCGAUGCAAUGGUAUGAGUGUCGCCACAAAUAUAUCUUAGUAGCUAACUGAGUGAAUACGGGUCCGACACCCGCUUUCCGUCACAUUGCUUUGGGUAUCGGGAAGUCUAGUACUAGGACUAGCUCUAUCACUAUACCAUUGCGAGGCAUUUUUUCCUAGAUGCGGCGAUCAAUGCGCCUCAAAUGUCAUCAAAAUGACACUUGAAAGAGGCACAUACCCUCCCAGCAUUGCCCGCCUUUCCUGAAGGCACCAUGUCCUCCGUUAGAACAAAGCAAGGUGAGCAUUCAAGCAUCUAUAAUCACCUCUGGCUACUGACUGGUCCCGUAGUAUGCCCUGCAUUAUCAGAGACAUCCGCAAGCGCGAUAAUCGCAUCCUACCACGUCUUUCUCACCUUUUCUCUCAUUUAUCUACUUGCCAUUAUACCCCCGGCCUCCGCCCUUUUAUCCGUGUUCUAUGCAUUUUUCGCUCAGACACAUUCCCCUGAGACGGUAACUGCCAGUAUUGGGGUCAAUGAUGCAGCAGUGGUGUCUACAGCGUCAGGUGGAGAGUCGGAGGGCAGUGAAGAAGAGGAGUAGUAGCAGUACAUAUUCAAGUCUCUCUUAAUGUUACUAUUGUCUGAGUCAAGUCUUCAUCGUUUCUGAGCCUAUAUCCUUUAAUGCGGACAUGAUCCGUCGAAUUUGAG